CCCAUAUUCGCCGACGGAGUUCUUUAAGCGCAAUGAUAUCAGCUACAUGUAUAUAAAACGCCCAAGGCGUUAUAUGAAGCGAGGUUAUAUUGGAUCAAUGUCGCGCUUCGAAAUCAACGAUGAAGACCUCGCCGGUCUCAAAGACAAAGCUGUCUUAGUGACAGGCGGCUCCUCGGGCAUCGGCCUGGGAACGGUCAACCUCCUACUCUCUCUGGGCGCGCGAGUUACCAAUGUUGAUCUGAGUCUACCCAAAUCAUCGGAGCCUGGCGAGCCGUCUCCUAUAGACUCUCGCCUCACUUUCGAGCCAUGCAAUGUGUGCGACUGGCAAGCUCUCCGUGGCGUGUUCACACGUACCGUGGAGCGAGAAGGUCGUAUCGAUGCUGUUUUCGCAAACGCCGGAGUUGGAGCCCGGACCCGGUUUAUCGAUGAUGAGAUUGAUGAUGUUGAUGGAGAGUUGAAAGCACCAGAUUUGAGUUGCGUGGAGACGAAUCUCCUCAGCGUCAUUUCGACCGUCAAGCUCGCCGUUCACCAUAUGCGCAAGCAGAAGACCGGGGGCAGCAUAGUCCUUACUGCGUCUGUCAGCUCUUGGUCAAGAUUCAAAGCUGUUGAUUACACCACAUCUAAGCACGCUGUGCUCGGUCUUAUGCGUAGCCUCAUUCCGCAUCUGGAAGAGCUUCCUGUUCCGAUCAGGCUCAACUCCCUCGCUCCGAACUGGACCAAGUCCGGUAUCGUCAACGAGGAGAUGGUGUCUCUCACAGGACUCGCUUUGAAUACACCCGAACAUGUGGCCCGAUCGGCGGCUUUACUCAUGAGUAACAACAACAGGAAUGGAGAGGUAAUCUUCAUCGACGGCGGGAAGUACUGGGAGAUUGAAGAAGCUCUGGGCGGAGCUGGCGUCGGGAGCUUUGUCGGCCCUUCGCUGCCGGCCGGCAGUGAUCAAGGAUCGGAUUGGGACCGCUACUUGGAGUUUUCCCGAAGAAUGAAUCUAGCUCUCAAGGGUCUUUAGUAAUGUGCAAAAGAUACUUGUUUGCGGAUGGUGCAAUACAUACUAAUGCAACAAGGCAUGACUGAGUUGGCAAUCAAGGUACAUACACAGGGCAUUAUUUUAUGCUGUAAAAAUGAAGCAGGCCGGUAGCUCGAGCUUUUUAGUAGCAAUAAAAGACUUAAAGCGAAUCGCUUUGAAUAUCAU